UCAAUAAAAGUACCUGACAAUGCAUCGUGUAUGGAUAAUAGUUGUUUUGAUCAAUGGACUAAUCGUUUGUUGCCAAGCUGUGAGAGAAUUCCAUUGUCAAUAUACAAGUGAUGGAAUAUUCGAGAAUAAAGUUGAGCAAAGUCUUUCAAGCCUAAAGGAUUUUCAAUUGAUCUAUUUCGAUGACUGUGAAGACGCGCUGAACAAAGGAAACACAAUUGAUGGCGUGUAUCGUAUCAAACCUGCAACAUCGGCAAGACCAUUCUCAGUCUGGUGUGACAUGAAUGCAGAAGAUGGUGGAUGGAUUGUUAUUCAAACUAGAUUUGACGGGUUGGUUGAUUUUGAAAGAACUUGGAAGGAAUACCGAAAUGGAUUUGGGAACGUGAACAGUGAACACUGGCUUGGUAAUAACUUUAUUCACCAAAUUACACAAACCAACGAACUGAAAAUUGAUAUGACUGGAUUCAUGACCGACGAGUAUGCUACCGUUAAAUAUUCACCCUUUCGAAUCGGUUCUGAAGAUGAGAAAUAUAAACUUUUCAUUGGUGCUCCUUCGUACGGUGGUGGAGAAGUAAUUCCUGAAAGAAUGACGAUUCACAAUGGUUCUAUUUUCUCAGCGAAAGACAGUGAGACCGGAGGCUGUGCGAAUGUCUGCAGGGGUGCAUGGUGGUAUCUGGCAUGUUAUCAUUCCAAUUUGAAUGGAGUGUGGAUGAGCGAUGGACAGUCAGCAGCUACCCAAGGACCGCAGACAGAUGAUAAUGUGAUUGGUAUAGUUUGGACAGAUCUGUUUGGCAAACAGUUUUACAGUUUGAAGAGCGUUGAAAUGAAAGUGAGGAAAAUAAAAUAAAUUUUCGAAUCAACUGCCACAUUGAUAUGUUUGGAUUACAUUAUUUGAAAU